AUGGAGGAGCUGCUGGAGCAGUGUACAGGCUCAGCAAGGAAGUGUGAAAAAGAAUGGGGUGAGUGAGCAAGCGAGCAGGUGGAUGACAGAAAGCAGCUGCCUCAGUUGCUGACCAUGUGCACCAUGGGCAGAAGGGAGGGCUUGGCCUGGUGAGGUGCAAGGGAGCAGACUUGAAAGGAGUUGUAGGUUGUGGGCAGGUGAAUUUGUGGCAGGUGAAGGCUGAGUGUGUGUGUUUGUGUAACUCCACCCUUGGAGACUCCAGCAUGAGGGCAGCCCCCGCGAGCAUCUUGGGCACUGAUAUCGACUCUAAAGUAGAGAGUCCUUCCUCUUCCUCUCCCCCUCCCCAUCCUGGCAGCAGCAUCUACUCCCCCUUCCAUUAGCUUGAUGGCAAAUUCAGCUUCCUAGGAAUAUGGGUUGAUAUUCUGGGUAGAAAGCUGAAAGGCUCUAUUUCUAUGAAUAACAGGUACCGUCUUUUCUCUUCUUCCCUUUACUUUCCCUUCCAAAGGAAAGGAAAGUGGGACAUGUGGGGAGGAAGGUGACCUUUUUCUGAUUUGUCUCAGGUAGCAAAAUGUAUUGGGCCGGCCCUGGCAUCUUACGUAGUGUCCAACACACCAUUUUAUCUGAUUUUAUGGGUUCAAGUUUAGUUAUUGAUGCCUAAGAAUGCGGACAAGAUGCCUUCGGUUGUAUUUUUAGGUUUUUACUGGUCGCUUGAUUUAUUGUUUUUGUAAGUCAGUUUCAGCCUCUUGUGAAGAAUGUGACUGGUUAAUAAAUAGCAACAACAUAUCACCUCUGCCAGUACAGAAGAAGCUGAACUUGUUUCAGCUCACUGUUUCACCCCAAAGGUCAGUCCUGAUGGACAAGCUGGAAUACAGCAGCAGGGGGCACUGUAGUAAGACAAGGGAAUCACCAGAAUUGUGGGAGGCUCCUUACACAAGCAGAAAUGCCUUUAGAGCAGGCAUAGGCAAACUCGGCCCUCCAGAUGUUUUGGGACUACAACUCCCAUCAUCCCUAGCUAACAGAACCAGUGGUCAGGGAUGAUGGGAGUUGUAGUCCCAAAAACAUAUGGAGGGCCGAGUUUGCCUAUGCCUGCUUUAGAGCCAGUACUGAUUGCACAGUGCAUGAAAUGCCUCAAAUGAAUAUUCAUAUUCUCCAGCAUCCUUUGGGAUCUGUGCAGUCUGACUUCAGUUCUUGGUGUUCAUAUACAGAUUUCCCUGCCAAACCGCAUCAACCACAGCAGCACAAAUUCUAUAAACAAAUAUGUAGAAUCUGCAGCACACUGCUGCAUUUCAUACAUCCAUUAAAAUGUUGUAGUCCCCGUCAUUACUACAAUAUUAAUUUAAAAUUUUAUCAUCCUUGAUGGCGUUUAAUUUCUUUACUCUAUCAGUGUUUUCCAGACACGUGAAGUGUCACAUUGAGGCAAGAUUUACAUAUUCAUGACAUGAUUUGUAUUCAGGAUUCUUUGUUAAAUGUUUAUAAAAGAUAUUUUCCUCUUACCAAUAUGUAAUUAACCCAUACUAGUAGCCAAGAAACCUGAAAAACUGAAUUCUGAUGUGUGCUUUUUUUCCCCUAUUUUGAAGAUGGCAGUUUGUUAGGCAAAUUUCAAAAAUACAAAAUGACCUAAAAUGUUAUAAAAUAUCAUGGUAAGAAACUUCCAUUCAAAUGCACAUUGGAAGGUUCCAAACAAAGUAUACAGAAGUGAAAUUGUAAGCUUUAUUUAUUGUUUUGUCUUCGGCUUCUUAUACGAAAAAAUAUAUAUUUAAGCUGAAUGACUAGUUAUUUUGGAUUAAUGUCCCAGAUAUGUCCAGUUCAAAGCCAUAUAUCCCAUUAACUGGGUUGUCAGGUCACAGCAUGCAGAAUCAAGACUCUGGACCUCUGUUUAUGAAGCUAGAGGUGAGCAUUGGGUCUGCACCAACUACUCUUGAGCACCAGCUUUGGAAAUAUGAUCCUAGUAUCUUUAAUCCACGGUUCCUUGUUACAUCCCGAAUUGGGAACUGUGAUUUAAUGUGGACUUACUAACCAGGAAUUUAAACAACAGAGCAGCGCUACAUUCACUUGGAACACUGGUUUGUGGGCAAGACUUCAGAUGUCAAGCAUGGUGAAAGGGGCUGUGCAUUUCGUCUAGCCCCCCAAACUGCAUGACUCCUGCCUCAGCUGACAUUGGGCAUUACAUCUUUAUCGUGGAGACUACUGUUAUGUAGAGGGGGUCCCAAUGCUAUUUAGAAUUCUGGACAAUUCCAAUAUUAUGUAGGAAGACUCAGGGCCGGUCCACCCAUGGGGCAAGUUGAGGCAACUGCCUCAGGUGGCAGGAUUCACCGGGGCAGCAGGCCCUGGUGACAAUAUUGCUUCCUCUGCUUGUUCCUAAUGUAGAUCUUGCCACACCUUAUCUUCCCUUGUGUGGAAUGGGGGCAUCAUUUUGGGAUCCACCUCAGCAGCCAAAAUGUUUUGAGCCAGCCACACACACACCAGUUGUUAUCCACAAGACAGCAACAGCUAUGGAAGGGAGUAGAUGUGCAUCUUUGGGGCAGGGUUAAACACAUAGAUUCACCAUAAUUGCCUCCUCAUGCAAGUAAUACCUGUGAGUCUUGCCCACCUACCAGUGUUCAAAGCAAAUGCUGAUGCAUCAUUGUUCUGAGGGCAUCGCUGUUCUGUGAGGCUAAUGAAAUCUUAAAGCUGCAACAAAGCUGUUAUAUAUUUAAACGUUUUUUUUUUAAAAAAAAAAUCCUCAUCCACCUUAUAUGUAAAGGUAAUAUCAAUCCUGAAAAGGCUUAACAUUCUUCCAGCUCCUAAGGGUUGCUAAAUAUCCUACUGCUUCUUUUGUGGGGGGGACAAAUGGUUCUGUAAAAGUCAAGAGGAGGGCUAUUCAGCCCAGCUCAAUCACAUUCACCGGCAAUGUUAUGGGAUGUGUUCUGUGGCAAUUCUUCUGACCUGAAACACAAAACAUUGCCUGUGUGCUUUUCCUUGUAUAUUCACAAGUAAAAGGAGGGACUUCAUUUCUUAAAAUGAAAUCUGCAUAGUCAAAAGGGACCCUUUUGAACAUCAUGACCCAAGAGCAUUGUGGGACGAGUGGGGAUACCUGCCACCUGAACUUGGAAGUUUUCUGUUGAGUCAAAUAAUGUCGUAUAAAUGUAUAGAAAAUUACAUUUCACACACACUUUUGUAGGUAAGUACUUUGAGAUGAGCUGUAUUUUUUUUAUUAUCAUCAACACCACCAUCAGAACUGUCAUUUACUUUGAUGCAAAAAUUCAGUGAGGGCCAUUUUAAUACACACAUUACUUUCCUCAAAACAAACAUGAAAAAUCUGAGCAAGAGAUUAUGUUUGAAUAAACAUUGCUCCUCAAGAAUAGCCAGCUGUUGAAGGGAUUUUUUUUUUGUUCUUGGCUCAAUGGUAAUUUGGUGAAAUUAAGGUAAACGAAUUCAUUUUGAGUAAAAACGGAUGGAUUCAGCGUUUCUAUUGGCUGAGCUGUUGCUAUAGUAACAAAUUCUUAGCAGCUGAAAUCUAUUAGUACUGGUCUUUUUCUCUCAAUCUCAGGUUAAGCAGAGAAUUUGUUGACAUGAAAUAACUUCCAAACACUUUGGUACUAAUGGGAACUAUUUAUCUGCCCUCUACUAAUUAGCUGUCGACUGUGGCUGAAAUAUAUUAAAUAACUGGGGGAGAAAGAAAGCUCAUUUUCUCUCAUGAAGAAACAGAGUGCCAGUAGAAUCGUGUAGUUAAUAGAUAUUCUGAAACUGUAAUCCCAAAUACACAUACUAUGAAGUAAGCUUUAUCCACCAAAGUGGGACUUUUUUCUGAGUAACUAGGCACAGGGUUGUGCUGAAUCCUGGAUUUUGAAAACAUGAGAUGCAAGUCAAGAUGGACCCCCAGGGAUCUGUUGCCUUGUUGUUUAUACAAUAUCAUGCAGUUGAGGAUCAGAUCACAUCUUGCUUUGUAUCACUGCAGGUACUGCUUGAACAUGUGCAACUGCUGGCAUAGACCUUUCUGUUUUUUAAUGGGAAACAGCUAACCUGGGACAGAUCAGCUGUCAGCACUGUAUGUUUAACAAGUAACACUUUUCCUAAAUAUCAGCUGCUGUUUAUGAUGUAUGUUAAAUAACUGGAUGGGCGGCAUGCCAAACACAAGGAGACAUGACAGAUUGUUCAUGAAGCAUGAUACUGUCAUGUCUGAUAGGUAUAUACCCCAGCACUGGAUGAACAGUGGAGCAGCUGAAGGGACUCAAUGCAGUUGCAAGCAGACUUUUUCAGAUGUCGGCUCCCCAUAUGUUGUUGAUUUUCAAGUUAUCAUUCCUGGCCAUUGGCCUUGCUGGCUGGGACUGUUGGAGUUGGAGUCCAACAGCAUCUGGAAUGCCAUAGGUUUCUCACCCCUUGGUAUUCAGUUCAAUAAAUAUUAUCAAUUAUAGUAGAUGUGCAUGCAUGGGACUCUCUGCAUUUCAUUUCACUUUAUCGAGAAAGUAUCGACUUUCUCCCUGACCGCCUAAUGUCCUCCAGAUGUUGUUCACUCCAACUCCCAUCAUCCCUGACCACUGGCAGGCUGACUGAGGUUGAAGUCCAAAGACACCUGGAAGGUGCUAUAUUGCCUAUGUCGGCUCUAAAUAGCCUGAUGUUCCUCCUUGUUCCUCCUUGGGGAGCCAAACUGUCUUCCCACCCUACCCCAUCUCAUAACAACGUGACAGUGGAUAGCCAUAGAGAACUGUGGCUUCCCAGCAUGUACUGAGUUUACACCCUCCUAUCACUCCAGCUUGUUUUCUUCUGCCCAGAAAUAAUCUGGAUAUUGCUAAUCUUAUACACACACUAAGUUCCGUUGAACUUAGUUGGAUUUGCUUUCAAGUAAAUUGUACAGGAUUGCACUAUUUUCACUAAAACGGGCUUCUAAUUAAGCCAACACUAUCAGAACGUUACCUCUCAUAUUGCUAGAGACACAGGAAGAGUGUGGAAUAAGAACACUCAAGAUAAAUUUGUAAUUCAAGGUUAGCUUUAGAGAGAGUAAUUGAAUGCAGAAAAGACAGUAAGAGCUGUUCAACAGUGGAAUGGACUGUCCCAGAAGGUGGUGGACUCUCCUUCUUUGGAGGUUUUUAAACAGAGGUUGGAUGGCUAUCUGCCAGGAACACUUCAGCUGUGAUUCCUGUGUUGCAAGGGAUUGGAAUGGAUGAUCUUUGGGAUCCCUUCCAACUCUACGAUUCUAUAUAAAACCCGCAAAUCAACCACGUGAGACAAUUGUACACAUGUGCCUUUCAUUAUGUGUGAGCCCACAGGGGAAAACCCUUGCAACUGCACACUAUGCAUGAACUGGGCAUACAUGCAAAGAAACACAUGUCCUUCCAGUUGCCAUACAUGUUUUAGUGUUCCUGUGAGCUGUAACUAGCAAAGCAUUCCAUGGCAACAGCCUUUGUGAUGAACUUCUUCCAAGCCUACUGCUUGCCAUUCUAGGAUCACGUAACAUGACUUAAUGGGGAGGAUGGCUCAUAAUAGGAGCCAUUCUUAUCAUGGGGAAAGCAAGAUGUGACCUCAUUCUCCAAUGAAUACUAUUGGAUUCAGUCAAGAACUGGAGUGUUCCAUGGUUUUCCUUAAGCAGACACAAUAACUGUGACCCUGCCAACCACAAAAAGAAAAGAAGUGGUGCCUUGUCACCAUAAUUCCCCCCAGAACAGCUCUGCCGUUAGUGCAUACAAAUAAGGUAGGGGCUUUCUGUCUCUUUUGACCAACUGGCUAAUGCUCUAAACCGUUCAGUUUUCCUUGAAAUUCAAGACGUGAGUCUUCCCACCCCAUAACAUCACACAACACUUCUAGUAUGAUAGGAAAUGUGCUCUGCUUUCACAAGCUAGUUAGCGUUGCAGGACACAAUAUGGCACUGAAAAGCUGUUUAUUUGGUCAGCUUCCAAGCCACGGCAGCUGCAGCUGGCGAUUAGCUUUGUGUGGUGUCAGUUGCAUUUUUAUCCAGUGUGACUGCGCACUGUUUGUUUUCUUUUGAAGACAUUUGUCCUUGUUGCUAGCACAGCUGCAGAUGGGGGCUCUUUGGAUCAGCAUUCGCAGAAUGCUUUCUGUGGAAGGUGGGGGAAGGGGGACAUGACCCACCCACAGAAAUAGACCAUCUCCAUGCUUUUUACUUGGAAAACAAUUUCAUAAUAAGCUCCUUACCAUCACAGUUUUAAGCAGUGUGUGUGUGUGUGUAUAGGGAACCACGUGGCUGCCAAUUUGCACUCAUGUUUCUGGAAACUGGUUGGAUGACAGGAACAUAUUAUUUGGCAACAGGUUCUGGUCAAACUGAUUAUCCAGGUUUACUCACAGAUGCAUUCAUGGAAUACACAAGAAUGCAAUUUGUGCUUAAGUAUCACAGCCAGUACAAGAAGGCUAAGGCUUCUGCCUUUCCAGCUUGUUUCUGCAGCUACGCUGUUCAUAGCAGCUUGCUGCACAGGUGUUAAACAGGUGAUUCAUGGCAUGGAGAUACAUGUCAUCACCUGGUAAUUGCUGCUGUUCAAUGCAUGGUUACAGAGGCCUGUUGAAAAGUUGGCAGCUGUAUCGGAGUAGGAAAGGAGGCAAUAAAAUGCUGUCUUCAAUUACACAUUGGCAAAGAUUCUGCACUCAAUGUAAUGGAUCAAGGAGUGCAAUUUGGCCCAGCAUCUGAUAUCAGUUUCCAGUUGGCUGAAUCUAAUGGCUCUAGGAAAGCCUCAGAGACAGUAACAGAAUCAGAGCGUUCACUUUUACUACCUGUACAGAGAAUAUAGGCAUCCCAAGGAUGACCACUUUCCACAAGAGACCAAGCUUUUGCCCCUUUAGGAACUUCAAAGCAGGGCAACACUUAGUGGAUGCAACUUUCCCCAUUGUUGCAACACAGGGAUUAAAGAAGCUGAGCCUUUACCCUGCCCAAAAGCUCUUAUACAUUAAAAGAAACCCUUGUCUCUUAUAGAAUGCGAACAUCCUACUCUGGGCAUUCUCUUACUCCAACCUGAAUGCCAUGUUAGCUAGGGUGUUUUCAUGGGUUUGUUGUCCAUUGGAACAAAGCUAACAGCAGGCAUUCAUAGCAGCAGCCCAUAUCUUCCUGUCUACAGCUCAAGGAAGCUUUGUGCAAAUUAUUAUACACCAGCCUUCCCCAACCUGGUGCCCUCCAGAUGCUUUAUAAUAGAACGCCCAUCAGCUGCAGCAAGUGUGGCCAAUAGUCUGGGAUAGUGGAAAUUGUAGUCCAAAACAUUUGGAAGACACCCUGUUGGGAAACACUGUUGUUGUUGGCUUCCAUCUGUCUUAAGAGACAAUGGAGUGUGCCUUUGGGAGUGAAAUCAAGCAGCUGGAGAAUCGUAGCAUCUGCUGUGGCUGCAGAGACCAGUAACUCAUACCUGUUGCCUCCUUCACUGUUUUUGCUGUUUUAGCAGCACCAAAGUGACCUCUCUGGGGCACAAGCCUGGACAGCGCAUAUGGAGGUCCUGGGCUGCCUAGAUGACAUGACCCCUGCUCUUGGCCUUGCUGAUGUGGUCCAAAGGAAAGCAGAGAAAAACAUCUGGCACCAGUUGGGCUGCAGGAGUUGCCAGAAGGAAGCAUACAAGGCACCAUCCAACUGUCUUAGAGACUCCACUCCAGAUUUGUGUGAGGUUUACUCCUUAGCCUUUUCUCCUCCUGAAGAUGUCCCACAGGGCAGCUGCUACAGAUUCUUCCUCAGGGUUUACUCCUGAAGCCUUUCUCACAAAUGAGUAUAGCCGCAAGGCAGCAGAAGUUUAGGACCAGAUUUUUUCUUCCCCUGGAUGGGUUACCUUUCCAGGUUGACAAGUCCCAUCUGUUGUACACUAGCCAUAAUUAGUAAUGGAAAACCAGUAUUUUCUACCCAUAAAAUGAGCAUAUGAAAGUUGUGUAGGGCAUUGAAGGGUCUGUAUUGUGGAAAGCAUGGGGUGGAAUCCAGUUUGUUUCAUUUAACUCAUGGAAGGUCUUUUAAUUCUGUGGUUACCUCCACAAAUGAAAGACAAGUGGAGGCAAUUUUUCCUAGUUUGCUCUUUCCUCUCUUCUCCCCCUUUAUACUGUGUGGCCUAUGUGUCUGGAUAUUAGUUUGCCUCUGAAAUCUAGCUAUUAGGAAUCACAAGUGGGGAGAGUGCUGUUUCUUAGAUCCUGCUUUCAGGCUUCCCAAAGGCAUCUGGUUGGCCACUGUGAAACAGGAUGUUGGACUAGAUGGAGCACUGGCCUGAUCCAGCAGAGAUCUGUCUAUGUUCUUACAUUCUGUUUUGGAGGGUCCUCCAAUUCCUUGGAGCUGAUUUUCUGGGGUGCCAGGGGCUUCAAGAUGGAGAAGCUAUCAGCAAAUGUUGCCUCUCCUCUUAUUCUGAUAUUGGAGAUAUUCACUGGGUCAAGUUAUGGAAUUUCUUCAGAAGGUGCACCUUCAUUACGUAGUUCUUGCGUAUGAUGAAUACACACCUCUUGGCCCUGGCAGUUGACACUGCAGACAUACCGUUUUAAGACCCACCUAAUAAUAAUAAUGUUGAAUAAUGUCUAUGACUUCUUCAAACCACCAUUGAGAAAGCUUGGCAGACAAGCCAUGAUUUCUUGCAUUAAGAAAAAUACAAUUCUAACUCCUUAGUAUCCAAACAUAAAACACCCCACUUAUUCUCCAAGCAUAAAACAUACGUAUGGAGAAGGGGGCAGUGGAAUCAUGCUGCUGGCUUUGCCCUGAUACCCUGCAUGGCAGUGGCCAUGCCCCCUUGAUGCCCAUGCAUUGGCACUAGCAUCUGCAGAAAGCCUAGCACAAAAGAGGUAUGGUUUUGUUUUGGUUUUGGCAAAAUGAGCUUCAGGGAAGACAAAUUGCUGUUUGGGGUUGUUGAAGUGCUUAGCGGGGGCGUGGGAAGUCUUAGGAGAAUAAUGGUUUCAGGAUAUUAAAGAGGGGGAAGAGAGAGAUGAGAAUAGAAAUUACAGUUGAGCAUGCUGCUUAUAUACCACCAGCUUAUAAUUCUUCUGAUAUCAGCAUCUGUCCAAUUUAACAAGAGUUUUGCAAGGUCAGAAUAUAAUCAAAGCUAUUUCCUUAAAGGAAAUUGUGAUAAUCUUUUUAAUACUCAUAUCAUAGUCUCUUCUGUCACCAGUAUGUUGAUAAUCUCCCAUGUGGAAAAGCCAUUUAAUAAUAAGUCUUCAUUUCUCUCUUUUUUAAAAAAAAAUUCAAAGAAAAUUGGUGUAGGUGGCAGCAAUCAUAAACAAACACACUUACUAAAGAGUAAGCCACAGUGAGCACAGUAACCAAGCAUGCAUAAGAAAUCACUGCACAUAUGUCUCAUAUGAUGGUCAAUGAAUCAUGAUUAAUUUUACAGAUUAAUUAAAUACCAAGAACGACAAAACUGAAAAAAUGGGAUCAAAUAAUUCAUCAAAAAGGGUGUUACAGAGAGACAGACCCGAGUGGGGUUUCCACCCUAGAUAUGAAACAGAGACUGAGAUUUGUGUGUGCUACUGACAGAAUGUAAUCUAAGAUAAAGUUUAAUUGGGCCAUAAAUCUCUUGUUGGAAGGAAAAGAAUUUGAGGUCUGUGAUAAGAACACUGAAGAUUCUGGGAGUUGGAAAGGAGUAUUAAAUCUUCAGCACCUUUGAAAACUGCCCAGCUUUUCCUAGGCUGAGGGGAAAAUUGUGAAGAUCUGCGAUGUCCACAGUAACUAUGGCAUGCGUCAUGAUUGCCAGAGCCACAUUCUCUAGAAAUGAGUGCAUCAGUCUAAGCUGGGCAAAAUAACUCCUGGUCACACCAGCUACCUGAGCAUUCAAAAGUAAAGCUGGAGUACAACUAUACUUACUGGCUAGGAGCACUUCUGACUCAAACCUCAUCUUCGUUUGGCUCUAGGUGGGACCUCAGGCACUGAGUCAAAAACUUGCCUCCCUGGAAUGCAGUGGACAAGAGAACUGGAACUUGGUGUCGUCUGAGCAGCAGUUUCAUAUAGAUGUUAAAGGAGCAUGGGUAGCAGAGUCGAUGUGGUACAUCAAAGGUAAAUGGGCAAAGUGUAAAAGUGGAAUCCCUUAGUGUUAUCUUCUGAAACCUUCCAGGAAGGACCUGAACCACCAUAAAAUGGCAGCUCCCAUACCAAUCAGGCAGUCCAUAAAAAUGCUAUGGGCAAUGGAAUGCAAGACUAGGAGGGUUGGGACAUGUAGAACCAAGACUGUCUCUGUUCCAUAAAAAUGGUUCAAAAUGAGCCCAGAAACCUUAUAAAUCUGCCUCUGAGCUUCUUCCUUCUAACCAGCUUCAGAAAUCAGCUUUUUUUGUUUGUUAAUUUUCUAACCUGCAAUAACCCGUAUGCAUCCUAUGUUGGGGGGAGGGGAGCAGAACAGAGUGAUCUGCAACACAACUGGUCAGUUAGUUAAGUAUUUAUAUUUAUUUACUUGACUGGGGGAGGCAGCUAUGCCCACGUUCUAUGGCUGAACCUUUUACAGGAGGUUUCUGGAAAUAUUGCAAAAUACUUAUGGGAGAUUAGAAUAAAAUUCAUAAUGAACAGAAAGAAAGAAAAACAGUUAAUGUAUCUUAGCACACUUCCAGUAAUAUUUGUAGACUGGCGAACAUCUAUCAUGUUCAGCAGUUCCCUGUUUACAGUCCAUUUUGCUCAUAAACUAUAUUAAGAAACACCUAGCUGUGGCUAAUUUAGGGCUCAGUUUAGGUGCUUAGCGCAAGAUAUAAGCACAUGCUUAUCCAGGAUUCAAGAAAUAGCAGCUUAGGGAGAUAUUACUUUAGCUAUGUGCAGUUGUUGCUCAGAUCUGUUUGACAGUUCUCUCUAUUCCACUACUCUAAGGACCUAUUUGCAGUAAGAGACUGCAAUCAAACCACUUACUUCAGAGCACUGCCAUUAAAUCCCAUGGGUCUCUUGUGAUCUGAAUGAUACCUAGAGCAUAAAUAUAUUGUGUACAUCUGCCCAACUAUCCAAUUUAAAGACACACAAGAAUGGGUCUCUUUGAAAAAAAAUCAUUGUUUCCACUUCCUUUGUUUGUACAUCACUCUGCGGAAUGUUUGUGAAGCCCUUUCGGUUUUCACAUCCCUGCCCAAAAUAAAAUGUCUUCUCAUGUCUAUGCAGGUUCCUAUUGACAUGAAUUGAACAAGGUCUUAACUGUUUGUUUGCUGCACUCUAAAUUAAGCUGAAGCAUACCACCAAAAUAUUUUUCACUUCAGUAUAUUCCAAAUGCUCCAAGGAAAGAUCAGUUACCAGUGAGGUUUCUUUCCCUGGGCAUGAGGGGAGAAUUUCAGCACAGUGUGUGUGAAAUUAGAAAGGCGAGUCCUAUUACUGUUAAUGGAAAAUUUACUCUGCAAUGUUCUUUCAUGGAAGGCUGCAAUUUUGUUCUGUCCAUUUGAAUUUUCCUUUGCAUAAAUUCCUUGCUCUGGUGUUAAGCAUUCCAAGUGCUUUGUUAACGCAUCCUAUGCUGGGCAACCAGAGUUGAAUUGAAUUUGCACUGACAUAUGUUAGCUAUGUCACAGGGUUUUGUGUAGAUUUUUUCCUGUCUUCCUAUUACACAAUGCCUUCCUUAUAUUUUCAGGGAAUGAAGUGAUGUUUAUUCAAGCAAUUAGCAUCCUUUCUAAAAUGGGAACCUCCUCAAAUUUGCAUUUUUUAAAAUUCAAGUUUAUGUUAUUUCUCUGUCAGCAGAUUGCCAAUGCACACCUGUAUCCUGUUAUAUACUCUUCCCAUUUCCAUCCUCUGCUUUACAAGAUAAAUAGGUGCCCUAAUAUGGAAUCCAGUCCAAAUCUGCUAUCUUUCAGUUUUGACCCUGUCCAUUCAUGUUACAUGACAGUCCACCACCUAUUUAUGUGUCUUCUCAAAAUUACCCUGCAUUGCCUGUCCUGUAUCCAAAUUCCUUAUAUUAACCAGCAGUCUACUGUAUAUGGAGAUUAACUAGCACAUUUAGCCUAGUUUCCAGUCCAUUUGGUUACCUUCUAACUAAAUGUGAUUGGUCAAUGGAUCAGUUAAUUAUUUCAGAUUAUGAAUUUUAAGUAGAGAUUUCCCAUAUAACGAAGUGACUGACUGCAAUUUCUGUAAGCAUCCUUUGUGCAUCUCUUGAUUCUUGGAAUGGGCUGAAUGGGUUUUUUACCUAUACACAAUUAACCUAUGCUAAUUAGCAAAGAUAAACAUCCUCAUUAAAUAUUCCCCCAAAAUAAUCUGCAUUCAAAUUUGCUAAUUUGUAAUUAGUUAAUUGGUGAAUCAGCUAAAAGCAGUUAAGAGCAAGAUGAUUAGUUAGCUUAAUAGCACAAUGUUAUGCAUGUUUACUCAAAAGCAAGUCCCAGUGAAUUUAAUGGAACUUAUUCCCAAGUAUAUGUGCAUAAGUAUUUUAUGUAUUUUGUUCAUACUUUGGACACUGGUGGGAAAGAAGCAGCAGAAGACUAUCCCUUACAUUGGUGCUUUUGAAGCAAUAACCUAGUAUGGGGUCAUUUAUUUUCAGUAUCUUUAGCUUUUCCUAGCAUAAGAAAGAAACCGCAAAGUAUUUUGACAGUGCUGGUCUUCACUUUAAAUGGCUAAAAGUUUAAGAUAAUAUCACAUCACUGGUCCUAUGUUGUUUAGGCUUGUUAAUGCUUCCAUGUUAUUUAUGCAACAUAUGUUCUCUACAUCUCUGUGUGUGUGUGUUUGUGAGUGUGUGUGUAUUUCUGGAAACACUGAGAUUGCUGGAUGAAAUAAUGUUUUUAACCCUACCUGUUUUUAGACAUUUUUAACUGUAAUAGGAUGUUUUCUCUCUCUCUCUCUCUCUCUCUCUCUCACACACACACACACACACACACACACAAAGAGAGAGAGAGAGAGAGAGAGAGAGAGAUGUUGAUGUGUUUUCUGCCCUGGGCUCCUUUGGAAGUAGGACAGGAUAUAAACUCAAUAAACACAAUAUAUGCAUCCCCCAAGCCUCUGUGCUUUUAUUUAUCCUUACAGUCAUCACACAAGGCAGAGAAGUCUCUGUUAGGAGCCGGAUGUGAAAGGCUUGGAUUGAAUGGUUUUGUUUAAGGCUCAACAGGAGCGUGCAGCAUUCUAAGGAACUUAGCAGUUGUAUGGCCAUGCACAAAGCUAGCAUUUAUUUCAUUGUCACCACUCACAAGCACAGGAAGCGGCUUUAUACUCAGUCAGGCCAUUGGUCCAUCUAGCUCAGCUCGGUUUACACUGAUUGUCAGUGGCAGGCCCAUGCAGAGGGAGGAGCAGCAGCUGGGUACACUUGCCCUGGAAGGGCAAAGCCGGCUAGGGGUCCCUGCCAGGGACUGGUUGCUUUGUUUUUUUGUUUUUGUUUCUUUGAGUUUGUAACUUUAUUCCAAUAAAACUCAUGCCCCUGGCCUCAGACAAGCUCUGCAUGGGCCUGGUCAGUGGUCCAGGUUUUCAGAUGGGAGCCUUUCCCAAUCCUUCCUGGAGAUGUCAGGAUUGAACCUUGAUAUUUUGAAUGAGAAGCAGGUGCUCUGGCAUCAAGCUAUGAAUCUACUCUUGUUCCAGCAAGUACUGCUCUCUAGCCCAUUCACACAAAUCCAAGAAACAACUGUAUAUUUGGGCAAUAGUUUAUGUCCAUUGAUAAUGUUCCUUAAUCUUGGCAAAUCAAUCAGGCUGUGUAGUUAAUUUGGGUCUGCAUACCACCCUCUGCCUUUCUGAAAGAGCAACAUGUUAGGCUGCUAACCUAAAUAUUAAGUAAUGAUUAGACGUGUGAAAGCCAGUCAGAAAGUUUGUCAUACAUCUCAUAGAACACUUAAGGAAAUCAAGUGCACUGUAGCUUGUAUAUACUAAGGGGAAAUAAGGCUGGUGGAUGGAAGAUCAUCAAAAGACACUAAGCAAGAUCAAGACUUAACUUUACUUAAAUUUAUUUCCCAUGCAUAUUACAGGGACAAAAUGCCAGCUGUCACAAAGGGAUUCCCACUUGCUUUUUUUAGACAGGCUCAGCACAUCUUUGCAGCCUCUAGUCACACAGGAGGCAUGGCAAUUCUCUCCAUUGGCACUUCAAAAUGAAGACACUCAAAGUCUCAGAGCUGUGUUUCCCAUGUUUUCCUGCUUUAUAUCUCAUACCUAGUCCAUCCAUUUAGUCUGGACCAAUAUAGAAAACUGAAGCAGAUUUCGUAUCCUGCUAGGCUGCUAACCCAGUGGUUGCAGAUAGACACACCAUUACUCAAAGAACGGACUGGGGGAGCCAAACAUGGCAGCAGGAAAAUAUAGAGCCAAGGCGGGGGGGGGGGACAUGCCAGGCUACACAACUUAGGAUUUCACUUUUCCUUCUUUUUCCUUCAUAAGAAGUCUGACUGCCUCUCCCCUCAGAGGACUCAGGAUCAAAUUGAAUGUGGUAUCAUUGGCUCAAUUAGCAACUGUGUAAUUGGCUUUUUAAAAGUAAAUUAUAGGUGCCAGGGCCCCAGUCUGGAUCAGGCAGCUGGAAUGGGAGGGGGUCUUAACUGUUUGCUGCUCCUGUGUUUCCAAUCUGGAUCCUAUUUGCAUGACAAAGGGGGGUUCUAUUUGCUGCAAAGGUUUUUUUGUUUUGUUGUUUGUUUGUUUUAAAAUGCAAGGUAGAGGGCAGUUCUGACAACAGAGAGCAAACUUUCUUAUUUUUAAAAAUCCACUGUCUUACGUUCACAUAAACACCUGGGUCUCAGUCUGGAUUGGUAGGUGGGGGCAGUGGUAGAGGUUUUCAGCUUCCUUUUUAAAAGCCAUUCAUGCAGUUGCUAAUUGUGCGAAUGGCAUAACAUCUAGUUUGGCCUACAGAUUCACAAAAGAAUAGUGGAAGUAUGCCUUUGGGACAUAGCAAUAGCAUAGGAAACUGUCCUAGAUCUAUCUCAACAUUGUCUUACACUGGCAGGACUCCUGGAGGAGUCCCUCUUUUGCAGCCCCACUUGAAGAUGCUAGGGAUUGGACCUGAGACCUUUUGCAUGCAAAGAGGUGCUCUACCAAGCAAGCGACAGUCUUUCCCCAAAUGGACAAUGUUGCACUGAUGAAGAGACUAGAAUACUAAUGUACUUUUGGAAGGUUGUGGAAUGACCUUCUGAUUAGCUGUGUGACAUAUUGAAUCAAAAGCUGGUGAUCAGCUGCUUGGACUGGAGGAACAGGAGAAGAGGAUGAUACAGAACAAGAGCCAAAGAAGGAAAUGCCAUCAGACUGCAUUCAGAAGCAAAAUGCUAAGUCAGUGUUAGGGCUAUUGAGCAGUGCUGAGAACAGAUGCAAAAUGCAAUCAUCUUCUCCUUGAAAACAACAGGGAAUAUGAAUCCCAGUUCUGUGCAAAGAAUGUGAUAAGCCUUUGCCACAUGAUCGCCUUUUUCCUUUGGGAGGUAGCACAUUUUACAUAACUCCUACAAUUUUUUUUACUUCUAAUGCAAGUCGUUAUUUACAUAGGCUGAUCCUGUGAUUAGCAUUUCAUCUCUUCCCAUGUUUACAAACUUUUAGCAUCCAUACAGAUAAAAUACUAGGUUGUUGGUUUUUAAAAAAACCCACUCCUAACAAACCUGAUUCUGACUUCAUAACUGAAAUACUUUGCAUUUGCCUUUGUUUGAAUGAGAUUUUGCUUAGUGUGUCGAUUAUCAAGCCAUUGUCAACUUUAAUCCUCCAUAGAAUCCUCUGUACAAUUUUCUCUGCUUUGUGUCAUCUAAAAAUCCUAAGAAUAUAAAAUGAAGAAAUGCAAGCAGUUGAAAAAUGCUGGACCAAUAGUGCUACAGAAUGCUACUUGUUUCUAGGACACCGUCACAAAUUGCAAGCUGUACAAUGUCCCCAAAUUUUAGCCAGUUAUCACUUCCCAUUUUCCUCCUGGACAUGAAAGGCCACCUGGAACAAUAAACUGUAUUGUGGGGAGCAGGCGUAAAUAGGUUGGCACAAACCAUAUGUUGUUGUUUGGGGAAUUGUUUUGUCAAUCACACUUCAUGUGAUGCCACAGAAACACACACACACACACACAAAUUUCUGGGGUCCAAAAUCACCCCCAGCAUACACUGGAAAUAUCACUGGGGUACUACAGACAUCCCAAAAACCAUUAAUGUAAUUUUAAAUAUUGAGAAUGGUUUCGGAUUAACCGGAUUUACCCAAUCGGACACUCUCCAGAUGUUAUUGGACUACAGCUCCCAUUAGCCCUAACUAGCCCUAGCCCUGAUGGUCAGGGAUGGUGGGAGUUGUAGUCAAACAACAUUUGGGAGAAACUAGGUUGAGCAAAGGUUAGCAACAAUUAGCUUUUUAUAGGAAAGGAGUAAUGAACAAGAGGGAAUAAGAGGUUAUACAAUGAUGCCAGGUGGGCUGGAGGGAGGAAAGAAGGUGCUGCCUUCUGCUUCAUAUUUUCCAUUUACUGUUGUACCCAUGAGAGCAGUUUGCAUUAUUACUGAAUUUGCUAAAGCACUUUGUGACCUUUUGAGAUGAAAGGUGUAAUUUAACUGAAAGCGAAAUUCUAUUUAUCAGUGCUUUACUAUCGUAAUGAAUGUACAGAUUCGGGCUUUGUGCUUAAAAGGGGCUCUCUGCUAGACAAGCAACAUUUCUGGAGAACAACACCUAGCAUAAUAUAGAUUGCUUUGUUGAGAGAAUGGCUGUGGACUAGCAUUGUUCAGUGGGGACUAUAGUUGAGAAUCACUAAUGUCUUUCUUCCAGCAAAGAGCUAUUAUUUGGGAAUGUUUUUCACAUUAUGGCUAUGACAUAGCAUAACAGGCAUUUGAAUGUGUUCGCUCCUUCAGAAGGGUCAUAUCUGGGGUUCAUGGCUCUGAAUAUCAGUUUCAGGGAAUCACAAGUGGGAAGAGUGCUGCUUCACUCAGAUACCAUGGGCAUCUGGUUGGUACUGUGGGACCAGGAUGCGGGACCGUGAUGGCCCUUUGGCCUGAUCCAGCAAGGCUCUUCCAAUGUUCCUAUAUAAGAAUUUACUGCACCUUCCUUCCUUCCAAUGCAGAGAGCAUUUCCAUUCCUGAUUAUAUGGACUCACAUGCAUAUUAUAUGUUAUGCAUUUGGUUGUAUCCUGUAUUUGCGUUUUCCAGAUCCUGCUUUCAAAUGGAUGAAAAAUUAACCAAGUUGACAAAUAUGAUCCAGGGUGAAACAGGGAUGAGUUGUUCAUAUUCUGUGAUUCUGACAAAGAGUUCAAGGACCCCAUAUUUUUUCAAAACUCCAGAAUUUUCUAGUCCUGAUUGUGGCAAGGAUGGUGUGGGUAUCUUUUCACAUGUGUAAUGCAUUACUUUAAAAGUUUGUGGACGGCCUAAGACUUCUAUUAAUAUUAGUGUGUAACAGCACCUAAUAGCUCCUGUAAAAUAGUUGUAACUUGUCCCGGAGAAAGGCCGGUAAAAUUUUUAACGAUUAGAAUAGUAAUACAUCAAAUAGAAUUUUGAGAACUAUGCACAAUAUUCCAAAUAUGCUCAUCCCAUAAGUUGUAUUAUGUUACUUAUAUAAUAUAUAUUAUAUGUAUUAUGCAUUAUAUUGGCAAUUUUUAUUUUUAGUCACUUUUCUAAUUACCCCCAAAAUUGAAUCUACUUUAUUCACAGCUGCUGCAGCAUUUUCUGAGAGCUAUCCAGUACAAGCAUCAGACGUCUUUCCUGGAUAG